AUGACGUCAGCAUUUCUGCCCUUUAAAGAAACUCUAUCUCCACCUCACACCCGAACUCACCAAAAUCCCAUGUCUUCUACAAAAGUUGAACUAGAAGUUCCCCACCACACAGCCGCCGCCUUCAAACGCCAAAAGCACCACCACUGCCAUAACGAGAACAACGACCAGUCUUUGUUGCCUGGACUCCCUGAUGAUAUAGCCCAGAUUUGCCUUUCUCUUGUACACCCUUCGAUUCUUUACUCAGUUUGCCAUUCAUGGCGCCGCCUUAUAUAUUCACCGUCUUUUCCUCCUUUUCUCUCGAUUUAUGCUCUGUGUGUGUCUAAAAAAGCAGCAGAUCAAGCUUCUAAUCACUCAACAUCUGUUGAAUUCUCAUGUUUUGAGCCGCUUUCUUGUAAAUGGUUGUCCCUUCCACCGCCACCGCUUCAGUUUCUAUUCCACCACCCUUCAUUUAUAUCCCGGAAACUUCCAAUUCAGUCCGUUAGUGUUUCGGGGAAUUUAGUUCUUGUCGCCGCCACCACUGACCAAUUCCUCCCUGCCCUUUCUCGGCCGCUCAUUUUUAACCCCCUGUUCCAGCGGUGGACCUAUGGCCCACCAUUCGCCGCCCCAAGACGGUGGUGCGUAGCUGGUGCAUCACGUAGUGUCGUUUACGUAGCGAGUGGAAUCGGGUCCCACUACAACACCGAGUUGGCUCGAUCUGUCGAAAAAUGGGACCUCAAAAAUAUCAACAACAAUGAUUUUCGAUCACCAUUAGGGAUUGAGCGAUCUUGGAAAUGGGAAAAAAUGGGAGGACUGAAGGACGGAAAAUUCAGCCGUGAGUCCAUUGAUGCAAUUGGAUGGAGAGGCAAGCUCUGCAUGGUGAACGUAAAAGGCGACGCGGCCAAGGAAGGAAAAAUAUAUGACGUAAAAACAGACGCAUGGUCAGAGAUGCCGGAGGGGAUGCUGGUGGGGUGGCGAGGCCCUGCCGCCUCCAUGGAUGAGGAAACCAUAUAUGUGGUGGAUGAGUCAAAAGGUGUAUUAAGAAAGUAUGAUUCCGACAGGGACAUGUGGGUGGAGAUAGUGGUGGAUGAUAGGCUUAAAGGGGCACACCAAACGGUGGCGGGCGGUGGCAAGGUUUGUGUAUUGUUUGGUAAUGGUGGCGGUUUUGUAGUGAUGGACGUGGUGGCGCAAGCGCCUAAAUUGUGGGUUGUCGAUACUCCGGCGGGGUUUGAAGCUGUAAGUAUUCAUAUCUUGCCUAGAAUGAGCCACACCGUACAUUAA